ACUCCCAUGAAAGUUAUUAAAGCAAAUCCACACCUUCUUCUCCCCCUGCUCCAUUUUCACAACAAAAACAUAGCAAACAAACUAUGGCUGACGUCAGCCUAUUUGGGCACCCAUUCAGGCGAUUCCUAUGGAGUCCUCAGCACUGGUCUGGCUCCACAGCUCUCAUGGACUGGCUUGAAUCACCAACUGCCCAUAUAUUCAAGUUCAAUGUUCCAGGUUUUAGGAAGGAAGAGAUAAAGGUGCAGAUAGAAGAAGGGAACAUUUUGCAGAUAAAAGGGGAAGGUGGGAAAGAGGAAGCCAAUGCAAAAGACACUGUUUGGCACGUGGCGGAGAGAGGGACUGCCGGGAAAUCAGUAGCUGAGUUUUAUCGGGAAAUUGAGUUGCCGGAAAAUGUGAAGGUGGAUCAGAUUAAAGCUCAGGUGGAGAAUGGUGUGCUCACCAUUCUUGUCCCAAAAGAUGCCACCCCUAAACCAUCUAGAGUGCGAAAUAUCAAUAUUACUAGCAAGCUCUAAGUUGAGCUCUAACGUGUCACCUACCUAGCUACCUAGUUGCUGCUGAGAACAUACAUAUUUGUAUUGUGCUACUGCUAGAACAUGUAAUAAUCAAAUAAACAUGAAUACUAAGUUAAGUUUCAUUGUCCAUACAAGAUAAAUUCUGUGGGUUUAGCAUUAGGACCAAUGUUUAGGGAAAAUGGAGAUGAUUGAUGCUAAUGAAGAAGAGAUUUUCUUUGUAGUUUACCC